GGUAGGAAGGAAACAGUUGUGGACUGAGCUAAAAACUCUAAUUACAAGUAUGAAAGGUAACUGGUGUGUGAUGGGAGAUUUUAACACCACAAAGAAUAGUCAAGAAAGAAUUGGACACACUAGUGUGUCAAGAAGCAUGUGGGAUUUUGCAAACUUCAUUCAUGAAUCUGGCUUGGUGGAUAUCCCUUUAAUUGGAAGAAAGUACACAUGGUACCACUCAAGCAACAACUCUAUGAGUCGAUUAGAUCGAUUCUUGAUGACAGAGGAAUGGUUAACAAACUGGAGUGAAACAAGGCAGUGGGGUUUGAGGAGAUCACUCUCCGAUCAUUGUCCAGUGUUCAAGGCAGACCGAGGGAGCGAGGCAGACCGAGGGAGCGAGGCAGACCGAGGGAGCGAGGCAGCGAACGACGAAGAUCAUGGGACCAGCACAGAGCACAGAGCGAGGGUCGAAGAAGCACCAGAAGGUAUAACGGAGCAGCUAGUUGGAAUAGAGGCCGCUAGAGACAAGGAUGGCUGGACCUAUGAACAAAUGUUGAGGACCUUUCUCAAGUUCGGACGUGUAUUUGCCAUAUAUAGCCCCCAGAGAAAGAACAAGGAAGGAAGCAGGUUUGGGUUUGUGCGCUUCCUGGACGUCAAGGAUGAGAGGAGCUUAGGGAGACAGUUAGAUCAGAUCUGGAUUGGCAACCAAAAGCUCAAAAUCGACCCUCCUCGUUUUAACACUCAAAUAACACCGGUACACCCCAAACACCAUACCAACACUGCAGGGAACCCAAAACCAAGCUACGCGGAGGUAGUGAAAGGCAUUGGAAGUAGAGGCAACGACUGGACAGCCGAUAGAGGUAUCAAACCUGUCCAACACGGGUUCACAAACAACAGUGGCAAAACAAAACAAAAAUGGGUAGAGAAGCGGAGGGAAUUGCAUUGGACUGGACUUGAGUUCAACCCGAGGCAUGAAGACUGGGAAUGGCUUGAGGGAUGCUUUGUUGGAACAGCCAGAUCAGUAGAGAUUGUGCCCAUACUUCAAGAAAGACUAUACAUGGAGGGGCUUUUCUCAAUCAAGCUUCGAGCAAUGGGUGGGAAACUUGUCCUUAUGAACUGUGAAGAUAAAGAGGAAUUGAAAGAACUGGUUGAGUCAACAAAAGAUUGGCUGGGGCAGUGGUUUGUCGACAUUAAGCGUUGGACCCCCCAGAUGGUUGCCACAGAGAGAUUUGUUUGGCUGAAUUGCUAUGGAGUCCCUCUUCAUGCAUGGGGUCCUGACUUCUUCAUCUCAAUUGCAAAUCUAUGGGGGAAUUUUAUCACCCUAGACGAAAGCACUAGCUCUAAAAAGAGGUUUGAUGUUGCAAGGUUUUUGAUUUCCACAUCAGAAACAGGCCUAAUCUCUAAAACUCUUACUUACAAAAUUAACGGCCACAUGUACUACAUAAAGUGCAAAGAGGAAGAGACAACAAAUUGGUGCUUCUCUUUAAAAGCAGACUUCCAACCAAUGUCCCCAUCAAACUCUGAAGAAGAUUGCAGUGAAUCUUGCUCCUCCGACAAUCCGUCCGAUGACACUCAAAGAUUUGGCCAGAAUGGAGUUGUAAUAUCCCAAAUUUUUGGGAAUAUUUAAGUGUAAGUUAGGGACUUGAUUGUGAGAAAAGAUUGUUUUGGGGCCUAAUGUGAAUAUUUCAAAA